ACAUCUCUGUUCUGAUUCUCACAGUCAACUUCCCACAAUCUUGGUUUGCUGACUACUCACCAGCCACCGUAUUUUUUCUCGUUCCAACCACUCAAGCCCCAUGGCCUAUUCCUGGCUCAAAGUGCCGAACGAUUCCGACUUUACCAUUGUCAAUGUACCUUUUGGUGUGUUUUCCGUUCCGGGAAAGUCACCCCGAGCGGCGACGAUUUUGGGUGACACCGUCCUGGAUCUAUCCCUGCUGGAAGAGGCGGGCCUGUUUGACGAUAUCAUGCCUAUCGCCAACAUUUUUUGUCGGCCCGAUUUGAACACUUUUAUCGAGCAGCCGAAAGCAGUGUGGUCGAAUGUACGUCAGCGGGUAAUCCGUCUACUGGUGGAACCUUGUGAGGAUCCGCGAUUGAAAGAAAACUCGGCACUUAAGCGAGCCAGUUUCCACCAUAUCGCGGAAGUAAAAAUGCAUUUACCUAUUCAUGUGGGGGACUACACCGAUUUUUACUCGAGUCGCGAACACGCCACAAAUGUAGGUACAAUGUUCCGUGGGAAGGACGACGCGUUACAACCAAACUGGCUCCAUCUUCCUGUCGGCUACCAUGGGCGAGCUAGUACCGUGUACGUCUCGCCACAUAAUGUGCAUCGUCCUUAUGGGCAGUUGCAAAAGGAUGCUAACGAUCCAUCCCAAGGUAGCGAAUACGGACCCUGUCAACUGAUGGAUUUUGAGCUGGAAAUGGCCGCUGUCGUUGGAGGCGCAGCAAACACUCGGCCUAUGACUAUAGAGCAAGCAAAAUCUCGAAUCUUUGGCUUUCUUCUCAUGAAUGAUUGGUCAGCACGAGACAUACAAAAAUGGGAAUACGUUCCCUUAGGUCCUUUUACAAGUAAAAAUUUUGCAACGACAGUUUCACCAUGGAUUGUCACCGCGGAUGCUUUAGAAGCCUUUGCGGCCCCAACGUCGGCCGGUCUCCAAGACAAUCCCACACCGUUACCAUACUUGCAAGAUCCGGAAUAUGGUUCUUACGAUGUAGUCAUGACGGUGGCUAUACAGUCGGCUCGGCAGUCGCAACCGAAUGUCGUAUGUACGUCUAAUUUUAAGAAUUUGUACUGGAAUUCAGCACAGCAACUGGCCCACCACACCGUGACAGGUUGUUCCAUGAAAGCUGGAGAUUUAUUGGGCAGUGGUACUAUAUCGGGCUCUACCGAGACAUCGUUUGGAAGCAUGCUAGAAUUGAGUUGGAAAGGGUCUCGUGAGGUGAAGGUGGGCGAAGAGAAACGAAAGUUUCUGCAUGAUGGCGAUGUUGUUGUACUGAAAGGCCACUGUGUAAUGUCGCGGCACACUUUUGGCUGCCGAGACCGCUCCACUUAG